AUGGAAUAUCCGAUUACAAUGACAGAAAUUCCUACUAAUUUGUUGAAAAUAGCAGAGUUUUGUAAUAAUGUAUGGUGUUCAUCAUUAAAAGAAGAUGAUAUUCAAAAUAUUUCCAAUCUUAUUACUGAAAUUUCUCAAAAUAAACAUAAACCACCAAUCCUACGAACAGUAUUAGAGCGUGCAUCAACUAUAAUAGAGCAUCGAAAACCUAAUUUCGACAAAAUUAUUCAAGAAAACCUUAAUGAUGUUAAACCAUUAGAAAUAGCACAGAAACCAAAAGAAAAUUCCUCAGAACAAAUACUCGAAAAGAAAAACAAAGCCAUUGAAGCAAUAACAGCAAAAGAUUUUGAAAAACUAAAGGAAAUUGCAGCAGAUAUCGACUUCCCAUUCAAAGUAGAGGAUGAUGAAAGCAGUUCUAUUUUAAAAAUUGCUUCUGAAAUCGAUGACAAUCAACAAAUAAUUUCCUUCAUUUCAGAUUUCGGAGACAAAGAAAGGGAAAACGCAAUUUUAUCAGGGAACAUCGAUGUAAUUAAAAGAAUCGAAAACGAUGGCUACAGCUUUAAGCAAUACUUACCUUUCAGUAUCGAAGUAAACCAAAACAAAAUUUCCGAUUACAUUUUACAAAAAUAUCCUCAAAAAAUUGACGCGAAACAAUGUUUAGAAUCUUUUAAUAUACAAGCAUUCUGCUAUUGCGUAAACAACAAUUUUGUCGACGAUAGCAUUUUUGAAUUGAUUUUUGACAGUCACUUUUUCGAAUUAUCGGAUUUUAUUUUAGAAAAAACCGACCUAAAAAUACCAGUAAAUCUAUUGAUAAAAUACAUCAAAACAGAAGAAAAAGAAAUGAUUGAUUAUAUUUUAAACAAAAGAAUUGAUUUGAAUUCUGCCAAUGAAGAAAAUGAAACUCCUUUAAUUGCAGCAAUAAAGAAAGAUGAUGUUGAUCUUGUUAAUUUAUUAAUAAGUAAAGGAAGUGAUGUAAAUCUUGUUGUUAAUGAUGUUUGUCCUUUUACUGCUUGCGUUGACAUGAAUUCCAUGAAAAUGAUAAAAUUACUUGAAAAGAAAGGUUUAAAAGUUAAAAAUUCAUUGAAGAAACCAAUAUUAAUUUAUGCAAUUGAAAAGAAUGCAGAAACAAUUGUCAAUUACUUCCUUUCCAAGAAUAUGUCUGUUUUUGUUUCAGAUCAAAAUGGGAGAUUUCCUCUUUAUUAUGCACUCGAAAGUGGAAAUAUUAAAAUUGUCAAAAGUCUAUUGGAUAAAAAAGCAAAUCUGAAUCAAGUUGAUAAAAGUGGUACAAAUGGUUUAUUUGUUGCAAAGGAUUUCGAUAUCUUCAGUUUAUUAAUUGAAAAAGGAGCAGAUGUCAAUGCAUUGAACAAAGAAAAAAUGCCUAUUUUGAUUCAUUCAAUUCAAAACUUGCAAGGCAAAUUUUCAAUUUUGCUAAUCAACAAAAAUGCUGAUUUUGAGAAACAAUUUCGUAAUAAAACAGCAAUUGUUCAUGCAAUUGAACAAAAACAAAGAGAUGUUGUUAAACUAUUACUUGAAAAAGAAUGCAAAUUACCCGAAAGAAUAUUCACAAAUGCAUUAGAAUCAUUAGAUUAUGAAAUCAUUAAACUUGUUGUUGAAAAAGGUGUAAAAACAGAUUAUCAACAAAAGAAACUACCUAUUUUAUAUGGUAUUGAAUCACAAUCUCUCGAAUUAUGCAAAUUCUUAGUUGAAAGAGGAUUUGAAAUCAAUGGAACAUUCAGUAAGAAACCAGUUUCAUUUUUUGCAUUUAAUUCAAAGAAUCCAGAAAUCACGAAAUAUUUGGUAAGCAAAGGUUUAGAUUUGAAUUCUUAUUUCGAACCACAAAACAUAUAUUUAAUACAUUAUAUCAUCACAAAAUGCAACAGUAAAAUUGGUUUGGCAUUAGAAAAAUACAUUGAUCUUUCAGUAGUUGAUGGAAAUGGAAAAUCUCCACUUAUUUUGGCGAUUGAUAACAAAUUGAGUAGAGAAAUCAUUGAGAAACUUAUCAACAAAAAUCAUGACUUAGUUAAUAUGAAUGAUAAAGAGGGAAAAUAUCCACUUUAUUACGCACUUAAAUACAUCAAUUCUGAUGUCAUUAAACUUCUAUUAGAAAAUGGUGUAAAUCCAAAUACAACACAAUAUGAUAAUCAAGAUAUCAUCUUCUAUUUGAUAAAGAAGAAUGUAUCAGUUGAAUUAAUCAAGUUAUUCAUUGAUCAUGGUCUUGAAUUUCAUCAAAGUGAUAAAAAUGGAAAGAAAGCAUUACAUCAUGCAAUCAAAAUUAAGAACAAAGAUAUCAUUGGAUUUCUUGUUGACAAUGGUUGUUUCAAUGAUUUCGGUGUGAAAUAUGAAGAGAAAAUAGCAAGUCUUUUCCAGAUUCCUGAUUCACAUGAUGAAGGACUUUCAAUCUUUUUCGAUUAUAUUGUUCAAAACCAUAUUGAAACUUCAUUUUUCAAGAAUGACUUAUUUAAUUUUGCAUUUAAAUCGAAAAAUCUUAGAUUUCUAAAGAUUUUAGCUGAAAAAUUCGAAGCAAUUGAAGCUUCACUCAAAAAGGAAUUAAUUAAAUAUGUUGAAACAACAACGAAAUAUGAUGAAACAUAUAUUGAAUUAUUAGAAUUUAUGUUAGAGCAUAUUGAAAACAAAGGUAUUCGUGAUGAAUCUGGAAAACCAAUUUUAUUGAUUGCUAUUGAAAAAUCAAUUCCAAUAAAGUUGUUUGAAUUCUUGAUAAAGAAAGGAGUUUCGAUGGAUGAUCAUUUUAAUUUAUAUCCAAUUAUAUUCCAUGCAAUCAAAAUGAACAAAGAAGAAUAUUAUAAAUUAAUGAUUACAAACAAAUGCAAAUUGGAAAGAAACCAAAGUAAUUAUCUCAAGAUAACUCCAGAUAAAAAUGAACCAAUGAAUGCUGCAUAUAUUUAUGCAAUUGAAACAAAAGAUACAGAUCUGCUAUCAUUCCUUAAAAGUUACAAUUUCAAGAUUGAUACUUAUCAGAUCAUUUAUGAUUCAAUAACAUAUGAUUUUAGUGAUGAAGUCAAAUAUUUGAAUAAAUUCAAUUAUCCGCCAGAAAACUUCAUUGAAUUGUUCAGAUAUGCAAUAUAUAUGAAAAAUAUUACAAUCAUUGAUUACUUUCUAGAUGUUUCGAUUAACAAAUACCACCUAAGUGUUUAUUCAUUCUUUGCUGAAGCAAUGAGGAUAAAAGACAAAGAUCUUGUUUAUAAACUGUACCAAGCGAGAAAGAAAAUUUUCGAAUCCAAACAGCAAAAAAGUCUAGAAAAUAAAACGAUUUUCCGCAAUGAAGAUGAAAAACCUUUCAUGUUUUAUGUUUAUGAAUUCAUGACAAAGAAGUUUGCUACAUUCUUUAAGAAUUUAGGUAUAGAUUUCAAUGCUGUUGAUAAAUUAGGUAGAAAUUGUUUGAUGUAUGCAAUUGAUAAAUCAGCUGAUUCAGAAAUCAUUAAAAAACUUGUUAAAUAUGGAAUAGAUGUCAAUAUAAAGGCCAAAAAUGGUAAAACACCUCUUAUGUUUGCAAUUUCCAACUCAAUGAAAGCUGUGAAAGAACUUGCUGAUGAAAAUGAUAUUACAAGAAAAACAAAUAUUAUCAAUAAGAAUUUCGAAAUCAUGAAAAUUUUGAUUGAAAAUGGUGCAGAUAUCAAUUACAAAUACUUUCCAACACCAAAGAAACAAGUUGAUGGAAAAUAUGGUAAAAAGCCUAAUCAAAGGCAGAAAGAAACUGAAAAGAAAGAACAAGUAAUUGAGAAUUUUAGAACUCCAAUUUUUUAUGCAUUGAGAAUUGGAAGAGUUGAUAUUGUUUCUUAUUUCAUUGAAAAAGGAGCGAACUUAACAAUUCAGUCCGGUUAUGGAAAUUUGUUGGUUUUAAACGCUCUCGAGUCAGCGAAGUACAAACUCAAAGAAGAAUCAAUUCUCGAGAUUGUUAAACUAUUGUUUGAAAAAGGAGCAAUGGAUAAAAAAUCAAACAAGAGCAUAACAAAUCUUAUGGGAAAAUGCAGAGAUUUAGGAUUUAAUGAAAUUGAAGACUUUUUGGUUACAAUGAGACCAAAAAUGCGCAAAAAAACGAAUAAGCAAAAUUCCACAAAUAAUAAGUUUUUUGCACCACAGCGGAAACCCAAUAAAACAACAUAUAAUGAUGAAAGAAAAAAGGAGCUUCCGCAUAAAUCUACAAAGCCUAAAAAUGAAGAGAUAAUAAUUAUGGAUGAUGUCCCUUUUAUAUACGAAUUUUCGGACGAUGAUGGAGAUGAAAUGUAUGGUGAUGAAUGUUUUUGA